AUGGCCGAAGCGGUGUUGCGGAGCCGUGGUCUGCAGCUCGUCUUCGUCUACCAAGAUGGCUUGAGCCAUGACGUGGUCCCUCUCGUGCGCCCUCUCUACGCCACCGCACCCGACCAUGUUCGCGACCGCGCGGCGUUUGCUGCCUUUGACGCGCGCUUUCGCGCCUGGUUGGACGCGGCCGGCCACGACCGCUUGCCUCCGCGCCGCGUGCACGUCAACCGGACGCGCGCACUGGUGUCUUGCCGCCAACCCGACAUGAUGGCGCGUGCUACGUACCGUGGCCACUUGUCGGUCGCUCACUUCUUGCACGAGGCUGGUGUACGCGGCAACAAUGCCGGCGCGCUCAUCUGGGCGCACGAACAUGGACACUUGGCCAUUGCCGAGUACUUGCACACAAACGGUCUUGGCGUGCGGCCGCCUGAACACGCGCAGCGGCCAUCUGCGCACCCUCUCGUUCCUCCGCGAGCCGGGUUUCCGCCAAUCGUGUUGGACAUUGCUGCGAGCCAAGACAACACGGACCUUCUGGUAUUCGUCAUCGAAGCAAACGUAACGGAUCUUGGGCCAUGGACGCUCGAGACUGCAGCGCGCUUUGGCCACGCCAAAGCCGUGCUUAUGUACCUCUGGUCCCUUCGACCGCACGUCGCCGACACCACCGCCGCCUUGGUCGCAGGCACCAAGCGCCAGCACCCGCUGAUCGUCGAGUACCUCCAACAGCGCAAGCGUUGGCGUCGACCGUGA